AUGCCAAAGGUGGAGAAGGGCAAUGAUGUAUCAUUGUCAGUGGGAACAAAGAGUUCGAUGAGCAGCAAUGAUAGGGAAAAUUGUGUGAUUUUACAUGUCAAUCAGAAUGUGAUUGCUAAGGAUGUGACAGAGGUAGGUGAAGCUAUUAAGGUACAUUUUAAAGGGAAUAAUGCUAACAUGUUUAAUGCAUUAUCUCAUAUUAAAGAUAAAGAAGGGCAGGCGCAGGGUGGAGAGGUUGAAAGUUCUAAGAGUUUAUUGGCGGGAAUGUCUAGAAUGCAUUGGUUAAAGGAUGGAGAUGCCAAUACCAAGUUUUUUCAUGAUAUUUUAGCGGCAAGGAGGCGUGGUAAUUCUAUUGUUAAACUUGAUGAUAAUGGAAGUGAGGUGCAAGGUGUAGAGAAUAUUCGAGGAGUUGUGUUCAAUCAUUUUAAGAAUCAUUUUCGAUCUGUUAUGGUGGAUCGCCUUGGGGCGGAAAAUCUCAAUUUUAAUAUGAUUGGUAUGUUUGAAACAAGUGAAUUGGUGAAACCUUUUUCUUUGGAAGAGGUGAAGCAAGUGGUGUGGGAUUGUGAUACUUUUAAGAGCCCAUGGCCGGAUGGGAUCAAUUUGGGCUUUUUAACAGAAUUUUGGCAAGAGGUUAAAGAUGAUUUGAUGCGCUUCUUUGGUGAGUUUCAUAGGAAGGGUAGGUUGUCUAGAGGUUUGAACAACACCUUUAUUGGGUUGAUUCCUAAGGUGGAAAGUCCUCAAAAGUUGUCAGAUUUUUGGUCGAUUUCUCUGGUAGUAGUGUUUAUAAAAUUUUGGCGAAGGUUUUAG